UAUGUGGCACACGCGAGCGUAUCCUUUCAAGUUCAAGGCAGCAGGCACUUAUUUUGGCAUGACAAGUGAUGCACACACGAUCUCUCAAAGCGCAGAACACAUAUUUUGAAAUGACGAACCACACACAUGACAAGCUACAAACAUGCUGUGACGAACUUCGCAUCGUGCGCUUCAAAAAAAAGAAGUCACCAGCCGCCACUGAUGGACACACAAUCUCUCAAAGCGCAGAACACAUAUUUUGAAAAUAGGAACCAUGACGGGCUACAUACAUGUUUUAACGAACUUCGCAUUGUGCGCCCUCGAAAAAAAAGUCACCGGCCGCCACUGCGAAACAAUUACGAAACCUCACCCCUAAUCCCAAGAUUAACGUCACAGCGGCAAAAGCAUAUCGGGCAAAAAUGUACGAAUGUUGUCGUGCAAAUCAAUACGAAUUAGCCAACUUAUAAAAUAUGUACGAAUACGGAUUGCCACACUGCUAAAAGUGAAGUUGGAUUGACUUAUAAAAUUACUUCACUUUAAGUGAAAAAUUAAGUGGAAAAGCUAAAAAAAAAUUUAGGUGUUACCAAUUGAAAUAAUUAAAAAAUCUUAACAUUUUCACUUAAAGUGAAAUUUAACACUUAAAUAUUUGAAGUGUAAGCAACUGAAGUAAUUUUUCUAAGGUGGUGUUAAAAUACUCGAGCAAAAGGUUAAACCCAGUCACACAAUAGAUGAUAUAACAAAAAAACAACAUGAUUCUUUCGUCUGUACUUGAUAUUGUUAAACCAAUUCCAGGUUAAUGAUUGAGCCACAGUGGUUAAGCAUGUGUGAAAUUGUUGGGAAUAAUGUGGGUUAUUACCAGAACUUAAGAUAAUAGGUAAAAUUCAUGCGGUUUCCUUGUUGUUUUACCCAAGAACACAGGGUGUUAAUAAUCUCAGUUGCUUUUAACCUGAUGUGAUUUGAGCAUAUUGGGAUAUAAAGCCAGGACUAAAUGAUUUCAUAGAAACUGAAACUGUGAUUAAGCACAUCUUUAUCAGUUUAGGUCGACUAAAGCAAAAAUCGUGCAUUCUUGCUUGAGCUCAACUAAGAAACAAUGAGUAAGGUGAAUAGAAAGAUCAAACAGCUCUGUCCAUAAGCAUUAUACAUACUUGACUCUCCAUUUUGACAGAUGCAUUCAUUGAUCACAUUCAGUUUGCUUUUGGAAAUCCACUUCCUUGGCUUUUUAGCCCACCUCAAAUCCCAUAAUACACAUUCUUAUCUGUCAGUCAUUUUUUUGUAUAAACUUUAUCUAGUAUAUGUUCGCUUUCUGCAACCAUUGUCACUUACUUAACACCCACAAUGCCAUUUAGCACAUCAGGUGUCCUUACAACUGCAUUAUGCCCAAAUUUUGCAAGAAAAAGUCCAACAUCCACUGUAAACAACCUAAACUAUAAAUACUAUAUACAGAUGAUGUGGAGGUUCAUGGGUCUUGGGCUUCACAGGAACCCAAUCUCAAAUGUCCUGCCAAGUAGAUCAUUAAUGUUUCCUUCACCAGCACAUAAUCUCAGAUUUUUGACAGCUCUGAGGCACAAACACUUUUAUAAUUAACUGAAAGUCACACCCAUCGCCAAGUGCACAUAUAUGGCCUACUGUGUGCGCAUGCACCAGUCGUACUCCUGCAGGUGAAAGCGUGUGUGUCAGGUGUCUUCACCAUCAGACUCGUGUCAGAAAGGGACGCAGUGUGGUGAUCCACUCGCCCCCCCCGAAACACCACCAAAAUGGGUGCAGAUUAUUUCGGAUUCUCCUUUGUCCGGAAUGUCAGACAAAACUCCACCAUAGCGAUUAACAAUCCAGCAGAUAUCUCAGUAAUUGUGAUAUAUUUUUUAGUGGUUCUGGCUGUGGGAAUAUGGGCAAUGGUGAGGACAAACCGAGCCACUGUAGGAGGAUUUUUCCUGGCUGGCAGAAGUAUGGUAUGGUGGCCGAUUGGAGCUUCUCUCUUUGCAAGUAACAUUGGAAGUGGCCAUUUUGUAGGAAUAGCAGGGACUGGAGCUGCUGCUGGUAUUGCCAUUGGAGGGUUUGAAUGGAACGCUCUUGUUGUCGUGAUUAUUCUGGGAUGGCUGUUUGUGCCCGUGUACAUAAAGGCUGGGGUGGUGACCAUGCCCGAAUACCUAAAGAAACGGUUUGGUGGACAGCGCAUCCGUAUUUACCUCUCCGUGCUUUCCCUGUGUCUUUAUGUCUUCACCAAAAUCUCUGCAGAUAUGUUUGCAGGAGCCAUUUUUAUUAAUCAGGCUUUAGGACUCAACAUUUACCUGGCUGUAUUUCUUUUGCUGCUCAUUACAGCACUCUAUACAGUAACAGGUGGACUGGCAGCGGUAAUCUACACAGACACCUUACAGACCAUCAUCAUGGUUAUAGGCUCAUUUAUUCUUAUGGGUUUCGCGUUCAAUGAGGUCGGAGGUUACGAGAACUUAAAGGACAAGUACAUGAACGCAAUCCCAUCAGUGGUCAGCGAAAACAUCAGUUCAGCGUGCUACACGCCCCGCGCAGAUGCAUUUCACAUUUUCAGAGACCCCAUCAAAGGAGAUUUGCCCUGGCCUGGACUUAUUUUCGGUCUUACUAUUCAGGCCGGCUGGUACUGGUGCACUGAUCAGGUGAUUGUCCAGCGCUGUCUGUCCGCCAAGAACUUAUCUCACGUGAAAGCUGGUUGCAUCUUGUGUGGUUAUCUCAAACUUCUGCCCAUGUUCCUAAUGGUUUUCCCUGGCAUGAUCAGCAGAGUACUGUACCCAGAUGUGAUUGCAUGUGUGGAUCCAGAUGAGUGUUUCCGCCACUGUGGAACCAGUGUGGGCUGCACUAAUAUCGCCUAUCCCAAACUAGUGGUGGACCUGAUGCCAAACGGUCUCAGAGGAUUGAUGUUAUCCGUCAUGCUGGCGUCUUUGAUGAGUUCCCUCACGUCCAUCUUCAACAGCGCCAGUACUCUGUUCACCAUGGAUAUCUACACCAAGAUCCGACCCAAGGCCAAAGAAAAGGAGCUCAUGAUCGCUGGCAGGUGUUUUAUGCUGGUUCUUAUUGGCCUGAGUAUUGCGUGGAUCCCCAUCGUGCAGUCGGCUCAGAGCGGGCAGCUCUUUGAUUACAUUCAGUCCAUUACCAGUUAUCUGGCUCCACCCAUCGCUGCCGUCUUCGCACUGGCCAUUUUUUGCAAGCGAGUCAAUGAACCAGGUGCCUUUUAUGGGAUGUGUAUUGGCCUGUUGGUGGGUCUUUCACGCAUGAUAGCUGAGUUCGCCUUUGGGACUGGCAGCUGUGUUCAACCCAGCAACUGUCCUACGAUCAUCUGCGGUGUGCACUACCUCUAUUUCGCCAUCAUACUCUUUGUCUUAUCCUGUAUUCUCAUAUUAGGCAUCUCCCUCAUGACCAAACCCAUUGAUGACAAACAUCUGCACAGGCUUUGCUGGAGUUUGAGGAACAGCACUGAGGAAAGGAUUGAUCUGGAAAACGAUGAAUGGACUGGAGAUCAGGACUCCGACACCAUGGAAACAGAAGAGGAACGUGCGGAGCCGAACUGUUUCAAGAAGGCGUACAACUGGUUCUGUGGCUUUGAUCAGGGUAACGCCCCUAAACUGACUAAAGAGGAGGAGGCGGCGCUCCAGCUGAAGCUCACCGAUACAACUGAGAAACCUUUGUGGAGAAACGUGGUAAACGCUAACGCCAUCAUACUCCUCGCUGUCUGCGUCUUUUUCCAUGGUUUCUUCGGUUAAGAAAAAAAUCCCAGAAAAUGUCCAAGAAUGCAAAAACAAAAAGGGAUGUUGAAGAAUUAGAUCUCUGCUUUGUGGAUAGAAAGAUGUUCCUGCUGACAUCAAACUAAAUAUGUUAAGUCUUAGUGGAGGUUACUGAGUCCUCCACAAAAAUUGCCUUACUGCAUCCUAACCAAAUCUGCACUGUUUAUAGACAAGGAAUAAAAUAUGUUGUCGCUGUACAUUUAGAUUCAUAUCCGUCGUCUGGAGCACUUCACCUGACUUUGGUUUCAGAUCGAAGGCAAAAUGUACACAAUCGUGUCCUUAGUAGCUGCCAUGUUUUAGACGUCUGCCAUUUUCCAAAACAUGCAACAAAGUUUACCUGUCAAAAACCUUAUAUUUGUCCUACCAUCUGACUGGUGAUACUAAACGUAAAUAUUUUGUUAACAGCCCUGAUGCUUUAUGAUCAAAUUAAAGCUUAGCUUUUGGCUAACACAGGACACUUUAACUGAUGUUUGUAAGCCGUGUCUCUUCAACUUUGUCCUUACUUUUGUAAGUAAAAUAUGUUUUUGUCCAGGACAAGAGAGGAUGUUAUUUAAUAUUCAUAUUUUUGACAUGGUAUUAUAAAUGUAUUUCAUAUGUACUCUAAUAUGAAUAUUAAUUAAAUUAUUACUGACUUUGUUAAUAAAAUAAAUAAAUUUUAGCAUUUAUAUAGUAAUAAUUGCCUGUGUGUUUAUUAAGAUGUGUACAUGGAAGUAUGUUUAUUUUAGACAAAGUCAUUUUGAUCACUGAAGACCUUAAAGAUCAAGCUUGUUUCGGGAAAGCAUCAGAUGAGACUCAAAACGCUUUUAGGAGGCUUCAGCAAAGAAAAGUUAAUAUUUAAUUCUGCAUGAAGUUUCUAUCGAUACAUCUGAAAUCAAAGUCCACCAAUGUCAUGGUUUCCUCAUUCUACAGUCAUUUAAGAAGUAAUGAGUGAUCUAUUAGUGUGAUUCAAUGAUGUAUUUCUCUGAAGAAAACAAUACAUUCAUUUGGAGUGACAAUUUUUAACAAUUUCAGAAUUGUUAAAUUGUAUGUGAAUCAGAUUGAAAAGGAAAAAUAUUAGUAUUAUAUUUUCAUGUGAACUUUUGUUGCCAAGGACAAAUUAUGGAACUGCUCAUUAUGAAAAUCUCAUUACACAAACUUACUACCCAGAUGAAAAAAUUGCACUAAAAUAUACUUUUUUUUACAGUAACUACAGUUAAUAAUGUACUCUUUUCAUGCACUGAUUUUGUACUUAAAAUGUAAUAAAUUGGUCUUAAGUACUCCUUAAGAUAAAGUUAAGAAAUUCUAAAGACAUCUCAACUGUGCUAUUUUGGGACACCAUUCACCAUUCAUUUCAAUGCACA